AUGAAUCACGGAGACUUCCAAAUUGAGCGUUGUCCCUUGUCUUAUAGGACCGAUGUGCCAGCAAGGGUCAUAGAAAUAGAGGCCAUCGAGGAGCAGUGGCGGACAGAAUCUGCGGAGCUGGUGACGGCUGUUGGGCGUCUUCAAGAUGAAAACAAGCGUCUCAGGCGGACCAUCAAUGCUCCUGCCGAUGGUACAAGCGCCCCACCGUCCCCCGCCCGGGAGCACGACCAAGAAGUCCUGUCCAGGCUCUCCAGCACGGCGGAGAAGCAGCGAGCGACCCUCCGCCACCAGGAGUCGCAGCUGCAGGAGAAGCAGCAGGUUAUUGAUGGGUUGACAAGUCAAGUCGAGAAGUUGGCACAAGUCAGCCGAGACCUCCGACGUAAACACAAGCAGCUACAAAAUCAGAUGCGCUUAGUAUGCGAGGAGCGCUCGGAACUUACGGCCAUAGUGCAGUCCCAGCAACGGGACAUCGCCACACUACAGCAGGUCAAUGUACAGAACCAGAAGUGCAAAACAUGCGGUGCGCCCACUCCUGACGGUGGCGAUGAGACAGAUCAAGCGUCUAACCGGACCUUUAGCGAGCACGAGCUGCUGGCCAUACUGCAGGAAAGGAACGAGCUCAAGCUGAAGCUCAACCGGGCUGAAGAGCAGCUGCAGGCGCUGCAGGUGGAGCCACAACAAGACAGGUUAGUUAAAGAUAUGCGCUUAGUAUGCGAGGAGCGCUCGGAACUUACGGCCAUAGUGCAGUCCCAGCAACGGGACAUCGCCACACUACAGCAGGUCAAUGUACAGAACCAGAAGUGCAAAACAUGCGGUGCGCCCACUCCGGACGGUGGUGAUGAGACAGAUCAAGCGUCUAACCGGACCUUUAGCGAGCACGAGCUCCUGGCCAUACUGCAGGAGAGGAACGAGCUCAAGCUGAAGCUCAACCGCGCCGAGGAGCAGCUGCAGGCGUUGCAGGUGGAGCCACAACAAGACAGCGGCUCAGACACGUCUCCCUCCAUGAGCACGGUGGCCAGUACAGCGGAGGAAGACGAGGCACCAGUCCAGGGUCCGCUACCGGCCGAACCAGACGACGCCCCGUGGAAGAGAAACAGCGGGAUUAGGAAGUUCGGCUCAGACACGUCUCCCUCCAUGAGUACGGUGGCCAGUACAGCGGAGGAGGACGAGGCACCAGUCCAAGGUCCGUUACCGGCCGAGCCAGAUGACGCCCCGUGGAAGAGAAACAGCGGGAUUAGGAAGUUUUUUCGCAAGCUCUUUGUUGAGUCUGAUAUCACCGUGGGAUCGUUCCCGCGCCGCUCGCUUAACUCGUUCGCCAGCAAGAUGUCCGCGCCCGGUGGCCCCCCCACCGCCCCCGCGUAGGCACUCCGACCCCUCCGCCCCCACCGCCGACCCCCCCACCACACGCGUGCCCCCCCACACCCCCCACAAACUG